GAGAGGCCAUUUCUUUGUAUCAUUGGGGAAGGACCUCUCUGUAGUACUUCUGUUAAACUUCCCUUCUAACUUUCUCUCUCUCUCAUCUCUACAUAUUUAUAUUUCUCUCUCUUGAUUUCUCUGUAAAUUUUUCCUUCAUUUCAAGCUUUCAAAAUCAUCCAAGAGCUUAAAAUUUUCUUUAUUUUAGUGGGUUAAUCGAUCUAAGAUGCUCGGUUCUUUGACGAGUUUUAACGCAUUGAAAUGUUGUAAGAGAUGAGAUAAUCGAAGAGGAGAAUUUGAAUCUGGGUUCUGUUUUGUUGCCCAAUUCUGUAAUUGGUUUUUUCUUAAUCCGGAGUUGAAUUUCCGGAUAGGCGCGAGGGGGAAGAGACUUCGACUUUUAAAGAUAAGUAUUUGAGCGAUUUAGUGUUUCGUUGAGGGUUUUCUGAGAGAUUUGUUACCUUUUUUGAAAGUGGAAGAAGGAUUGGACUUAGAAAAAUGCAAUCAAUUAUCGGACUCUGGGAUUUAGAUUUACAUUUCGCUUGUUUUCUGCGGUGAAAGAAGCAGAUUUCUGUUCUUUGUGAGAGCUGAUUCUUGGGGGAGAAAACCCAGAUCAGAAAUUUCAGGUGGUGUAUAAUUAAGCAAAUGGAAAAAGACCAUCUCAGAAUCAAUAGCCAUGGCAGUUUCGUCAAUAACAAUCUCAACGGUAGGGAUAGAACCGCCGUGGACGGUUCGCUGUUGUUACGAGCGAGAUCUGAGGCCGCUGCCGUCGCCGUCGCAGCCAGGCCGCAACCCACGUCGUCGGAGUUCGUGUUACAAUGGGGAAAUCGGAAGCGUCUCCGGUGCAUGAAAGUCCAGGUCAAGGCCAAGGAUGUUUCCGCCGCAGCACCGGCUCACAGAACCACCGUCCGAGUGGACCGGCGGGUCGUUAGAGCCGAUAAAGACUCGAUUAUAACACAGAACCACCACCAGGCGAGUUCCAAUCAUAACCUUAAUCACAGUAAUGGGUAUUUGAAUCUCCGUCAACGGCCGAUUUCUCCUCAACCGCCAGUUCUACCGCCGCCGCCAGCUCCAUCUCAGCGUAUUCUAAGGAACUCUGAGAUUUCCGGUACGAUGAGACCCCAAUCCAACGGCGGUGUCAGAGCAAUUACUUCUCCGGACAGGGCGGCGCCGGAUAAGAGACCACCGUCUCAUCACGACCACCACCAUAAAUCCGCCGCUACCUCCGAUACCAAAAAGGGUGGGUCGUCUUCCGGCAGCGGAGAAGCCCUAGCACCAGCACCCCCGCAAGCGCUGCCGAUUUGGCCGCCGAAGUUCGUUAUAGCUUUAACGAACAAGGAGAAGGAAGAAGAUUUCAUGGCGAUCAAAGGGUCAAAACUGCCUCAGAGACCCAAAAAACGAGCCAAAAUUAUUCAACGCACCAUCAAUCUGGUGAGCCCAGGGACGUGGCUAUGUGAUUUAACGUUAGAGAGAUACGAAGUAAGGGAGAAGAAGAUUUCUAAAAAGAGACCAAGAGGACUCAAGGCAAUAGUGAAUAUGGAGUCGGAUUCGGAGUGAGAAAAAAAGGGGAGAGUUUAUAAUACAAAAUGAAUUUAGACUGUUUUGUUCUGAUUUGUGGAGAAGAUGGAAGUUUAUAUGUGGAUUAUAUAAUAUAAUAUAUAUAUAUAUAUAACUUUUUGUAGAUUUCUCUUGGCUAAUUUUAGCAUAAUGAAAUUGUAAUUAUUCUAAUUUUCUAGUUAUAGAUUGAAAAUAGAACAAGGCUCGAAGCUAGCUACAUUUUAUUUUUGGAUUAAGCAA